CUCGGCGGUGGCCGCUGGGGCCGCGGCGCUGCCUUAGCCGGGGGCGGGAGAGCGGGGCCGCCGCCGCCCGUGCGAGGGGCGGGCGGGGCGCGGGAGCGGCGGCCGCCGCCGCUACUGCUGGGCCGGCAUAGCGCGGCGGGGCGGGGGGAGGGCCGCGGGGAGGCGGCGGCGGCGGCCUCUGCCGAGGCCUGGGCCGGCCCGCCGCCGCCGCCGCUCGGCCGAUGCGCCCGGCGCGCCCGCCAUGGACAAGAUCCUGGAGGGGCUGGUGAGCUCGUCGCACCCGCUGCCGCUGAAGCGUGUGAUCGUGCGGCGGGUGGUGGAGUCGGCGGAGACGCCGCUGAGCCAGGCGCAGUGCCGUGCCAUGUUCGCUCUCAGCACCCGGCUGGUGCUGCAGGGCCCCGACCCCUUCCAGCGGCAGGUGGGGCGGCAGGUGCUGGAGGCCUACGGCCGCUACCACCGCGACGAGUUCGAGGCCUUCUUCAACCGCGGGCUCGUCCUCGGCCUCCUGCAGCGCGGCUACGGCGAGCUGAGCAACCGCGACCCCGCCAUCCUCGACUACAUCCAGGCGGGGCUGCGCCUGAUCAUGAGCUGCCCCUCGGUGCUGGAGCUCUUCGAGCUGCUGCAGGUGGAGGCGCUGCGGCUGGUGUGCGAGCGGCCGGCGCCGCCGCUCUGCGCCCGCCUCUGCCAGCUGCUGGGCGACUUCCCGCAGUGCCUGCCCCGCGGCAGGAAGCUCUCGCUCGCUUUCUGCCAGCAGCUGGUCCGCAGCAUCGCCCACUUCCAGAGCCAGGGCAGCCGGGAGGCCGAGCUGCGCCUCUACGUCUCGCAGGUAACGCAGGUCAGCGGGUUGCUGCGCAGCGUCUGGAAGGCCGAGCCCGACACGCUGCUGCCCUCCCUGCAGGAGCUCUUCGCCGUCAUCUCCGCCGCCGAUUCUUCAUUUGAACCUUCUGUUGCCCUGGCAAGUCUUGUGCAGCACAUACCAUUACAGAUGAUUACAGUACUCAUCAGGAGCCUUACUACAGAUCCAAAUGUGAAAGAUGCAAGUAUGACUCAAGCUCUGUGCAGAAUGAUUGACUGGUUGUCCUGGCCUCUGGCUCAGCAUGUGGAAACAUGGGUGAUUGCACUGCUGAAAGGACUGGCUGCAGUACAGAAAUUUACAAUCCUCAUCGAUGUUACUCUGCUUAAGAUUGAAUUGGUCUUUAAUCGACUUUGGUUUCCUCUAGUGAGGCCUGGUGCCCUCGCUGUCCUUUCCCACAUGUUACUCAGUUUUCAGCAUUCUCCAGAAGCUUUUCAUUUGAUUGUCCCACAUGUGGUUGGUUUGGUUCAUUCCUUCAAAAGAGAUGGCUUACCUUCCAGUACUGCCUUUCUGAUGCAGUUGACUGAGUUGAUACAUUGCAUGAUGUAUCAUUAUUCAGGAUUUCCAGAGCUCUAUGAACCCAUUCUGGAAGCUGUUAAGGAUAUGCCCAAACCCACUGAAGAGAAGAUUAAGUUAAUUCUCAGCCAGAGUGCUUGGACUUCUCAAUCCAGUUCUUUGCCAUCUUGUUUAUCUAGACUUUCUGGAAAAUCUGAAACUGGGAAGACAGGCCUAAUUAAUCUAGGAAACACUUGCUACAUGAACAGUGUUAUUCAGGCACUUUUUAUGGCUACGGAUUUCAGAAGACAUGUUUUGUCUCUGAAUCUAAAUGGGUGUAAUUCACUAAUGAGAAAAUUACAGCAUCUUUUUGCAUUUUUGGCCCAUACCCAGAGGGAGGCGUAUGCUCCUAGAAUUUUCUUUGAGGCUUCCAGACCACCGUGGUUCACUCCUCGAUCCCAGCAGGAUUGCUCAGAAUAUCUCAGAUUCCUACUAGACAGGCUGCAUGAAGAAGAGAGAACCUUGAAAGCAUUGUCUUCAGCAAAGACUUCUGAAAGUAUAAUGAAUGAAGAGUCCCAGACACAAGAAGCUGUCCAUAAAGCACAGGUAUUUGCUGAAGCACUUUGUAUGGGAAGUGAGGAAAGAACUCUGAUAGAGAAAAUGUUUGGAGGAAAAUUGAAGACUACUAUAUGCUGUUUGAACUGCAAAAGUAUGUCUCAAAAGGAAGAAGCUUUCACAGAUCUCUCUCUGGCUUUCUGUCCUCCAACAUCAUUGGAUAAUGUUGGCCCAAAAUGUAUGGAACAUUCUGAAGUGGAAGACGACUAUAUGGUGCAAACUAAUACUUUAGCAACUAGUCCUGCUGGAGAAACACCCCUCAAUAAUUUGGAAGUAGAUGGUGGAUGUGACACAAUAAUAAAUGAAGGAACCAUGAAAGAUUUUUCUACUGAGCCAAACUCUGAGAAUACGACAAAUUCUGAACUCAACAAAGUUCAAGAUAAUAGGGAUAUGUCUCAGACACUAGUAGGUAAAAACACCUUGUCAGUUACAGACUUACUGAAUUAUUUUCUGGCACCUGAGAUCCUCAGUGGAGACAAUAAGUAUUAUUGUGAAAAGUGUGCCUCUCUACAGAAUGCUGAGAAAACUAUGCAAAUCAUUGAGGAACCUGAAUACCUCAUUCUCACUCUUUUGAGAUUUUCAUAUGAUCCAAAGUGUCAUAUAAGGCGCAAAAUCUUGGACAAUGUGUCUCUGCCACUUGUUUUAGAACUGCCAGUCAAAAGAGCAACAUCCGCUUUAGCUGUAGUUUCUGGAGGUUGGUCUGUUGGUGUUGAGAUUUCUGAUAUUGGAGAAAAUCUUGCUAAAAAACUGAAGCCCUCAGGUGCUGAUGAAGUGACCUGCCCACAACUGGUGCCCUACACGUUAAGCUCUGUGGUGGUGCAUUCUGGUGUAUCCUCUGAAAGUGGACAUUAUUACUCAUAUGCUAGAAAUGUUACUGGGUCAGGGCCUUCAGGACUCUGCCACCAGUCUACAGCUCUUUCUUUAGUCUCUCCUCAGGAUAAGUUGUUGACAGAGGAGAGUCCUUGUACUGUUGUAGAAAAUGAGCUGGAUGCUGAGAUGCCAAAAGAAUGGUUUCUGUUCAAUGACAGCAGAGUGACAUUUACCUCAUUUCAGUCAGUCCAGAAAAUUACCAGUAGAUUUCCAAAGGACACUGCUUAUGUUCUGUUUUACAAAAAACAAAAUAGCACCUGUGGCUUCAACACCAAUUCAGCAAAUGGACUCUGGGUAAAUGGAGACCCUCCCCUACAAAAAGACCUCAUGGAUGCAAUUACGAAAGAUAACAAACUGUACUUGCAGGAGCAAGAGCUUAGUGCUCGAACACAAGCACUUCAAGCCGCCUCAGCCUCCUGCUCUUUCCGACCCAAUGGAUUUGAUGACAACGACCCCCCGGGAAGUUGUGGACCGACAGGUGGAGGAGGAGGGGGUGGGUUCAGUACUGUUGGUAGAUUAGUCUUUUGACUAUGAAGACAACCUGGAAUACACUGGUUCCAAAGCAGCCCAGUACUGCUGAGGACAACUAAAUAUUGAACUUUGUCAGAUAUUGUACCAAGUUUUGAGACUUGAUCCUUGUUCAAAAGCAAAUGUUGGGGGUUUUUUGGUUAUGUUUUAUUUGAAAUAAAUAAGCGCAUAAUGGAAAAAAAACUACCUCUUAAAAAUUCAGUUGCUUUUAUAGUAAGAUGUGCUUGCCCAAAAGACAGAAAAUGAAGUAGUUUUUUAAGUAGAUGCAAAUGACACUGCAUUCAACUGAACAAAUGCACUUACAUCAGUUUCUAUUGUCCUCAUCCACUGAACGAAGAAAGUUCUUUUUUUACUCUGGCAGUAUUCCUUUAUGUGGAAAUCCUUUCAGAUGGGCUAAACUGCAUACAUAGUCUCUCACUCACCUUAUUUUCAAAUCCAGUACCUUUAUGUAUUUCCAGAGAUGAUGCAAUUUAUAAUGAAGGCAAUAACUUAAAUGUGACAUGAUACAGUACUUUCCAGGUUAAAUAUUCAAUAUGUUUCCAGUCUAAAUGUAAAGAAGAAAAAAUAAUUUAUAAAUAUUUGCUAAGUUGUUUUCCAAAAAAGUGCAUGUUCUGUAGGAACAAUGUUUUUAAAUAGGAAUUGUUAACUUUGUAGCAUUUCUAAUUGUUUUGAGGAUUUUAAAAUUAUUUCAGGGAAUAUAUCUGCUGUGUAUGGGAAAGGAAGAGAUUCUGUAUGUGCCUUGCAGUACUGUAACCUAAAACAAACUUUCCGAGGCUGCAGAAAAGGAGAAAAAUGUGUCAGUCAAUUAUUUUUUUUGGUGAGUAUUAGAAAUCAGUACAUUUAUAGACAGCUAUUAGAUUUCCAGAAGUAAAAAUCUGGUGGUUUGAAACGCAGUAAGUGCGUUGCCCGUUAUUUUUUGAUUAAAAAAAAAAUUCUAUGCCUAGUCCUCUGACUUUUGUGGCCUGCAUUGCUAAGAAGAUCUGGUCAUAAAUACUGAGCUAUGUGUGUGAAAUCACAGAGAGGUUACUUGUGUUGAUUCUUGCUGAGGUUCUAUGCUUCUAAGAGUCCCUUGAAAUUUUGCCUUCUGAUUUUAUUUGUACAGAGAAAUUUCUGGUGAGUUCAGGUUUUAAGUGUCUGCAGAAGACCAAAAUGAUCCUGUCUAUGGAGUGGUGUUUUCUUGCUUGUUAGGCCAGCAGAGGUUGGGGAUCCACUCUUUAAGUCUUGGCAGAAAGAGCAACUUUUUUUUGAUGUGCAAUGAGGAUAACAGAAGUAAAGGAGCUACACUGUUGAAUCUGAUGAUUGAUUUUUAACUUGAAUAAUCUUAUAGUGAAGUGUAAGUCUAUUUAAAGUAUUUUUACAAAAUUCUGCACUCUUUUAGUGUGUUUUUAUAUUCUACUAGGUGACAAAGUGCAUCUUUAAAAAGCAUGCAGACCUGGCAGGUGUUAGCUUAACUGUACAAAAUAAACAAAUUUCGUUAAAAAUGCCUUUACAAAACUUUUAAGUAAGUUGAGAAAAUUAAACCUUGUUCAUAUGAUAUCAUAUAUAUGGAGUUUAGUCUGAAAGGUAACUUAGCUUGCAAGCUAUUUUUAUAUUAUCACUAAAACUGUGCUAUUUGCUCUGCUAUAGGUUAGUACGCUACUGCUCCAGAAAGCUAGACUUUCAUUUUCCAGUAGUUUCCAAGCUUUGUUUUGACUGUAGUACCUUGGCUUUGACCUACGCUUUUCGUUGCGAUCUCAGUUGUAGGUCUCUGAACCAGGAGUUCAGCUGUGGAAAUAUGGAAUGUUAUGAGACUAGUGUGAGGAAAGUUCUCAUUUCGUUGUGCUUGGACAAGGCUUUCCUGGAAGCUCGCUUCAUCUUGAAAUGCUGUAACUUUCAGUCUAAUGGGGUUUUUAUUUCCUUUCAGGCUUCUCUGCCAGUUAGCUCUGGUUUUAAAAUGGUUUGUAUGACAGGUAAAUUUGGCUUUUGUCUCCCAAAUCAUGAGGACACACUAAAAAGCUGUCUGCUGUUUCCAUUACAAUGGGAGUAUUUUGUCUUUCUAUCAAUCUGUUGUUCAUUUUAAAACACUAGUAAGUAGAAGCAGGGGCAAGUGUUUUUACUCUAUUAAAUAAUAAUUUUGUAAAGAUCAGUUUUGGUUUUACAUUCUCACAGUAAAAAACCAAAUCAUGUAGCCUACCUAAAAAUAAUGUGCAGUAUGAGUUUUGUAUACCUAUUGUACUUUAUUUCAUGAGCUCUUAGAUGGCUUUCUGCUUUUUGCCUGUGCUAAAUAUGGAAGUUUUGUAUGAGAGUAAUGCCAGUAGGAUUGGAUCUCCUUAAGUAUAAAAUGAUGGUACGCCUCAAACUGAAAAUAACCUUCUUUCUUUCCCCUUGUUGACUUCUGUUGAUGCGGUUAUUUUGGGUUUUACAAAUAGACUUUAACAUUCAGAAUACCUAUUUGCAAGUCUGCUGACCCGACAACCAUCGUAGGCCUAUUGAUACCUAACUUGGAAGGUUUCAAUAGAACUAGUGAAAGUGGAGAAGUAGUUCAUACCCUAAAUUGUAUACAUUUUAUCAUUGUUUACACUAAUGGUGUUGCAUGCUUCUAUCUUCUGGACAUAAUAUGAGCGAAUAAUGUACAUAGGGUACUUCAAUUUCUGUAGCCUGUGAAUGAAUGUUGGAUGGUUUGUUUAUUGACCUUUUUGGCUCCAUUCUUGAUUUUUUAACUUGGAUCAGUGGAAAGAUACAAAAUAUGUUAAUACUGUUUCUGAAGCUUAGGGGUUUUGUUGUUUCUUUUCAUGGAGGAUACACUAUUGUACCAAACUCAAGGAUGAUAUAUCUUCUACAAUUGUGUUUCUUUUUAUCAUGACAGAUUGUGUUUUGGUCUUUGUUUUAAUAGUUAGUGGAGGUCUAUUAACUUUCUUCCAUACAGCUUAUUUUGUAUGUUUUUCUCAUGUGGAGCAUGACCGUGGCUUGCUGUGAAUGUCACCCCUGUAACAAGUGAUUACAAUGUCUACAAGCCCAUUUAUCUAGGACAAGGAGAGAAAAGGCUUCUUUGGAUAACUAAACCCAUCACACUUUCUGGCUAGGGUCUUUUUCCUUCCUUCCCCACCCUCGCCCCUUGUCCCGUACUCUGGAAAGUUAAAUGUUUUAUCUUCUGCAUGCUCUGGAAGUUUAAUUUCCUGGGUAAGCUUUUUUUUUUUUAAAAAAAAUAUCUGUAGCAGUAAGGUUGUUUAUGGAAUCAGAAUACUACUAUUUUUUUGUAUAAAUGACAGGCAAAGGGCAGAAGCUCUGUGAGCUAGAGGAAUGUUAGAACAAAAGCAACUGGGCAUAAACUUUCCGUAAAUACAAACAAGGUUCCCAAUUAACUAGAACUAAUUCUAGAAUAGCCUCCCAGGCAGAGACCAGCUUUGAAGGAAGAGCCAAGUAUAUCUAUGAAAGAAAUGAAAUGCAAAGUGAUGUCUGAAUAGUAGGCAACUAGACUUGAUAAACCAGAGGUCCUUUCCAGUCCCUCCCUAGAGUUUUGCUGUUCUGUUGGGCUUCCCAUCUUGGUGCAUUGCCAGUUUUGUUUUUAAGCCUCAAAGAUUGAAGUGUAAAUGAAGGGAAUACUAAACUAUGACAUAACAACAAAGGUUGACUGCUCAGUUUUGGGUGGUGUUGGUUUCUGAUUUAGGAGGGUAAGGCAUAAAAAUUACGAAGUGACGUGAAGUGGAAGCUAGGAAGACUUGUGAUCCAAAGAAAUGUGCUUGUUUUCUGUCGGAAGGGUGAUUCCCUUGUUAAUAACCUAUGGGGUGUAAUGGGUUGUAGCACCUGAUAUCCUCAGUAGGCUGUAAUCAAAUGUAAAUUAUUGGACUUCUUCAAUGGGUGAGCAAAUGAUCUAUAGUCUAAAUGAGAUAGAGCAGACUAUCUUAAAAACUUCCAUAUUCCCUACAGCCACUCAUCAUAGAUCUACCUUAAUCGGAAUUCAUCGCUAUGAAUAAUAAGCUCUUAAAUCACCCAAGUGUUGCGUCCAGUACAACAGUUGAGAACUGAAAGUUGCGUGACACUGGCUUGUGUACAGCACUAUGUUCUGCAUGGACUUAAUAACUAGUGAGUAUCUCUGUUUCAGCAAGUCGGUUAAAGAGACUAGGCCUGUGAGUUGAGCUCUGGCUGUGAUCAGCAUGCUAGCUGUGAUGUGUAGUGCAGCACUGGCUUACCACAUAUGCUUUCUGGUUCUUUUAAAUGCACAUGCAUCCCCUCAUUCAGUGUGAGUCUUGCUUUUGCUUGAAUGAAAGCAUCCAGAUCAAAGGGAAAACAAACUAACUAGCCAGUGAAGCAGAGAUGAAUGUUUUUAAAUAAUGUGCUGCUUUCUUAUUUAAAACAGAAGGAUUUUUUUUUUUAAGUCUGCUGGAUUCCAAGCAGGUACGUGGAUUCAGGAUACAAGUCGUCUUCCUUUUACAACUGAUUCCUAAAAAUAUUACCCAUUCUGGAAGAAAAAGUGCUGGAAUAGGCAUGUCAAAAUGCACAACCUGCCACUGCUGCCUUGGUAAACAGCAUGCUACCACAUGCACUGAAAUGCUGGGACACUUGCUGGCUGGCUUCCCCAGACACUAACUGGGAACAACAGCUGCCACCUGUGAACUGUGCCUUGCCUGGGUGGCCAUUUGGGACCUUGACUGUCUUCUGCAUCUGUGGGUGGCCAGAGGCAACCAGCCUGGGGUGCUGCCUCAGUGUGUGUCUCUGCAGUGGGGGCCACAAGAGGAGUCUGAGGUGUAGCAGCCAGCCGCACUGGGCAGGUGCUAGCUCAAGUGCGGCACAGUCCUUAACUCAGCCACAUCUCCAAGCCCAGUGGGUAACUUGGGGACCCCUGGCAGCACUGAUAGACUGGCCCCUGUGGCAAGCAGCACAAAGAGGUCAGGUGGUUGCACUUGGAGUUAGUGCGUGGGAAGGAGGGGCAGGGGGGAGGUGAAGAAGUGCUGGUGCAGGACUAAAAUGAGACUACCAGACUGCAAAAAAGAAAGGAUGGCGCUGAUCUGAUUUAGAAGUUGCGUGUGUUUCAAUAAUUUCACCUGUUAUCUGCUGUAUUCCUUCAGAGGGUACUGUCAACAAUGCCCUGUUAUCCAAGCCUAAUGCUUCUAAAAUUUCCAUUAUAUUAGUGUGGGAAAUUUGAGGGGGGGACACGGGGACCUCAGUAGGUAUAUUGAAAAUAUGCUGCUGAGGAGAGUAUUUCAGAUUGACAUUAAAAAAUCAAUUCAGCAACAGGAUGUGUGACUGGGCUAGCAGCUGUAGUAUCAUACAGCAUCCUCUAGGCCAGUGGUCUCCAAACUUUGUUGAUUGCACACCCCCUAUCAGUAAAAACUGUGUGCAUCCAAUCUAUAUAUAUUUAUUCACUUAAAUUAUAUAUGCACUACUGUCCUAAUAUAUUAUGUACAUAUGCAAGUGUAGAUAUUGAAAACGUAUGAAAGAAACAUGAUAUAAACAGUAUUUUAAAAUUAUUUGAAACUUUGAUUAUUAAUGGUAUGAAAAAUACUUUCUUCUUGCACCCAAAUGGAUUGUUUUACACACCCCUUGGGGUGCAUGUGUCUCACUUCGGAGACUACUUCUCUGGGCUGUAGUCUUGAAAAGAGUUUUAACUUGAUGGGAACAGGUAUCAGAACUGACAUGUUCAUAAUAAUUAUUUUACUCAGUGAAUAGACUGUCAUUACUUCAUCCUGCAUGACCAUGUUUUGGAUCUGUGUUUAUUCUGACAUCUUACAAAAUGUGAUGCAAGGGCUGGGAACUGUUUCACCAUUUGUUUUCCUACAGAAUUCAUUAAAUGACAACAAAAAAAAAAGUCAGCCUUAAGUGGUUUGCAGAGAUGCAAAGCCAUUCUAGUUCUGAGGGGAGGGCAUAUCCCUUGCCAAACACAGGAAUGUGUUAGUACUUGGCUUUAAAGGUUAGUACCGUUUUUCAGCUGACUCGCCCUUUCUCAAGUUUUCUCUAAAAAAUUACAGUAUUUAGUGCUCAGUUCCUGAAAAGAAACUUACUUCAUUUUCUUGCUGUACUUUCAGGGUGUUUGUUCUACUGAAAUACAGAUGAAAUAUUUUUGACAGUAUGCCUGUUCUUCAAAUCUUGUAAACUGGCAUAAGUAUUUAAUAUUAUUUCAUAUCUGUUUUUAAAAAUGGAUGGGUCAAAUGCAUGUUUUACUGUACAUGUGUUGGGCUGCAUAAAGUCAAAAUUUUAUUUUUAAAUGCCUCACAAUGUGUUUGAAAGUACUGAAGCUUUUGUGUGUUUGACUUAAGUUGAAAGACAGAUGUUCUAGUAAAAUAUAACAGUGGUGGA